AUGAGCAAAGGUCCAGGUCUAUUCGCAGAUAUCGGCAAGAAAGCCAAAGAUCUGUUGACGAGAGACUACAACACCGAUCAGAAAUUCAGCAUCUCCACAUACAGUGCCUCCGGCGUGGCCCUUACGUCGACUGCUCUGAAGAAAGGAGGAGUGCAUGCUGCUGAUGUUACCUCCCAAUACAAGUACAAGAAUGCUGUCUUCGAUGUCAAAAUCGACACUGAUUCUACUAUUUUGACGACAGUCACAUUCACCGAGAUUCUCCCAUCGACCAAAGCCAUUGCCUCCUUCAAAGUCCCUGACAACAGCUCUGGCAAGCUCGAGAUUCAAUACUUCCACGACCACGCAACUGUUACCGCUGCUGCAGCUUUGAAGCAAAACCCAUUGAUCGACAUAACAGCUACUCUAGGCACACCAGUCAUCUCAUUUGGCGCUGAAGCUGGAUACGACACGUCCUCCAAGACUUUCACCAAGUACAACGCUGGAAUCAGUGUGACCAAACCAGAUGCAUGCGCUUCCAUUAUAUUGGGAGACAAAGGAGACUCAAUCAAAGCGUCUUACCUUCACCACCUUGACGAAUCCAAGAGAAGCGCAGCAGUUGGUGAGGUUUACAGGAAGUUCUCGACCAAUGAAAACACGAUAACGGUUGGUGGGUUAUAUGCGAUUGAUCAUACGACUACAGUGAAAGCUAAGCUCAACAACAAUGGCAAACUCGGUGCUUUGCUUCAGCACGAGGUUGUUCCCAAAUCGUUAGUGACCGUUUCCAGUGAGAUUGACACUAAGGCGUUAGACAAGCAUCCAAGGUUCGGUCUUUCUCUUGUUCUCAAGCCUUGA